AUAAAAGCCCAGGAAAUGAGGGAGUGCAGGGAGGGGCUGGACUUUCGCAUAACAUCUGGGACCGAGCCUACAAUCACAGUGGAGACUGUUAUGCAACAAGGGGAGAAAGGGAGGCAAAUACUAGUCUGGGAAAAUUACAAUAGGACAAUAGGAGAGGAGAAAAGCUCCACAAAUACAGCAGAGAAACCAGCAGAGAUCAGCAUGUCACUUACUCCAGACAAGAUGGAUUUACCUCCUCGUCCAGAGCUGUUUGAUUUCCAUGGAGUUUCAAUGACUCACUAUUUCACAGACAACUGGGAGAACAUUCAAAACUUCCAAGCCAGGCCAGAUGAUAUACUUAUUGCAACAUACCCAAAAGCAGGAACCACCUGGGUCUCCUACAUCCUUGACCUACUGUAUUUUGGUGAGACCUCUCCAGAGCGUCAGACAUCCAUCCCUAUCUAUGAAAGAGUGCCUUUCUUGGAUAUCGCCUUCCCGUCUAUGGAUACAGGAAAAGACCUGGUGGACAAGCUCCCCACCUCCCCACGACUCAUUAAAACCCAUUUCCCAGUCCAGUUCGUGCCAAAGUCCUUUUGGGAACAAAACUGCAGGAUAAUCUAUGUGGCCCGCAAUGCCAAAGACAACAUGGUGUCUUUUUUCCACUUUGAUCGCAUGAACAAGGUUGAGCCAGAGGCUGGAGACUGGAACAGCUACUUCCAGAGAUUCUUAGAGGGAAAGAUGGUGUUUGGGUCCUGGUAUGACCAUGUGAACAACUGGUGGAAGAAGAAAGAGACGUAUUCAAACCUCCAUUACAUGUUCUUUGAGGAUAUGAUUGAGGAUACCGGGCGGGAAAUAGAUAAACUCUGCAACUUUCUCGGCUUGUCUAAGUCAGCUGAGGACAAGAAACUAAUAACAGGUGGAGUGCAGUUUGAUAACAUGAAAAAGAACAGCAUGGCCAACUAUUCUACGUUCUCAGCCAUGGAUUUCAAAGUUUCUCCCUUCAUGAGGAAAGGGAAAGUUGGUGACUGGAAAAACCAUUUCACUGUGGCCCAGAAUGAAGAGUUUGAUGAAGACUACAAGAGGAAGAUGAAGGACCCCACUCUUCAGUUCCGCACUGAACUUUGAGGAUGAGCCCACAACUGACUGGACAUUUCUGUGAAAAAAAUCACUGUAGCCUCAAACAUGAUAACAGAGAAGUGGUGUGUGUCUGAAUCAAGGCUGUGAGCUCAAAGGAAAUCAAAUGACUUUAACUUUCUGACAGUGAAUAUUUCCAUUAAGAGAAUGCAUACAUAGAAAACAUAUAGAUUAACUAAUAAUGGAAUAAAUCAAAUUCUUCUUUUAUAAAGAAAACAUGUAAGCUUUGACUUAGUACACCCACUGUAUUUACCCAGUACCUGAUUCUUCACAGGCAUUUAAAGUUUAACUGCCACUGUAUGAUUAAACUGUUAACUUUGAUGUUCUCA